GAAGUAGACUAGAUUACCUCAUGCUGCCUGCUUGUCCAUAACUUGAGUGUUGUGGCCCGACCAAAUUUAAUGUUCAUUUUUUUUUUUCAGGUGGUUGUCCGGCACCUACCAAGCUGCCUGACCAAGGAAGAGUUCUUAGAGGUGGUGCAGCCGCUGCCUGAACAUAACUGGCUUGCCUUCUACCCUGCCAACACAGACUAUGGAGCACUUGGUUUCAGCCGAGCGUAUAUCAACUUCAAAAACCCUUUGGACAUUUAUAAAUUCAGAGACCAGUUUGAUGGCUAUGUCUUUGUUGAUGGCAAAGGUAAUGAAUCGUCAGCCAUAGUGGAGUAUGCACCCUUCCAGAAACUGUCAUGGCGAGAUGUCAGCCCCAAACGUCAGGAUCCUCGCAUGGGGUCCAUCUUUACUGACCCUGACUACCUAAAUUUCAUUCACAUCCUCAGCAACCCUGAGAAUGUAACCCUACCUGGCACAGAAAAAAUGCUCGAGGACAUGGAGGUGUCUGCAGGCACGGACGAAAGCGCCACGACGCCGUUGGUGCUUUACAUCGCAGAGCGCAGAUCAGAGUUCCUGCAGCAGCUGCCGCAUCGCCCCCAGUACGAGCACCUGAGCAGCCGGCAGCUCGAGCGUCUCGUCAGGAAGGAGGCGGCCAAAUACAAGCGCUUGGAGAGGAAGAAGCUCAAGCAUGAAGAGCGAUAUGCUAGGAAGGCCGCCAAGAGGGCAGCCAUUGACGAACAGAUGGAGAACUCCGAGGAUUAUGGCCAGACGCCCGUCAAGGACGUGGGUAAAGCAGAGCGCUGGUCCGCCCCCAUACGUGCCAAGAAGGAGAAGCGCACGCCCCACAAGCCUUCUGCUGGAGAGACCCAGUGGUCCAGGAAAUCCGAGGCUGAGAGCCGCCCUAAAGAAAAAAGGACCAUUAUCGUGGAGCGCUCUAAGAUCAGCGUCCUCAAGAGGAAGACCGAAACUCCUAGAGAAAACCUCAAACUUCCUAAAGAGGACAAUGAACUUCUUAGAGAAGAUCCUGAACCUCCUAUAGAAGACCCUGAAGUUUCUAGUGAAUAUCUCGAAGUUUCUAAAGAAGACCCUGAAGUUUAUAGAGAAGAUCUUGAAACUCGUGACAGAACUCAUGAACUAAAAGAAGACAAAGUCCAAAAAGAAGUGCAAGUCCAAGAACAAUUUGAGGUCCAUAAUAAUCAGUUCUGUGCUGAAGAUGAAGAGAGAGGAAGGAAUAUUGAAACAGGCAACUCAAGUGUCGACCUACAAUAUCAUGCUUCUUCUGCAGACCUUCAGUCGUCUGGUCAGCAAUCAUCGAGAGAUUCUUACAGUGAAAAGGAAGACGAGAAAUCGCCAGGCUCUCCAAGUAAAUUCAGUGGAACUGAGAUUUUUCCCAAAAGUGAAUCUUGUUCAGAUCCUACCGUUAAACACUCUGAUCAGUCUACUGAUAUCACAUAUAAAGAUAAUCUACAGAGAUCAGAGAACGGCGGAGAAAAUACAGACAACGAAGUAAUAGAAACAUUAAAACACAUAGAAACAUUAAAACACACAAAAGAACCAGCAGCGCUCCAUGAAAACAAUCAGACAAUGGACCGCAAUGACAACACUGCUAACAAAAACCUCAGCCAAGAUAGCAAAAAAGAACGUAAAGUUGACAGCGAAAAGGAAGCUUCCGCCGGAACGCUAGACAGCGGCGAGGACUCCAAGGCUCAAGCAGACGCUCGGGCGGCGCGCAAAAUACGCAACAAGGACCGUCCUGCAAUGCAGUUGUAUCGCCCCGGCCAGUGCCGCUUGUCAUCCACUCGUCCCAAAGGCAGCGACCCGGGAGGAACAACGAGGGACGUCGCCCCCACCUCCUCCCACUCGUCCACCCCCAGCCCCGUGAUGGGGAGCGAGGCUGCCACGUCAGUCCCAAGAGGCGCCACCGAACGCGUAGCUCCGCCGUUGCAAGAUGGGGACGACUUCUCUUCCUCAGGCGCCGUGCCUCCCACUGAGAAAGUCGUUGUCUCUGAAAGAGUCUAUGAUCGAAAGGUUAUUCCUGGCAGAGACAUGGACUAUGGCAAAGAUUCCGCGUAUAAGAAAAGACCGCCCAUGAAGACCCUUGAGUUCAGCAGCAACAGACGCGGGCCUAAGCCUGACCGAGGGCGUGGAUCAGACCGGCCUGGGAGACAUCGUUACGCGGCGGAUGCUGUGGAUAAAAGCGGCAAGUACACCUUGGCUGCCCACACUCCUGAUGAAGGACGGCCCACUCCCACCUCUGAAGCGACGGCCGCUACCAAGACCCAGGGCAAGCGUUACAGCAGGAUGAGGCCUUCUGAUAAAUAGUGGACAGUUUAAUUCGGUAUUGAGUAUGAGCAGCAGGACUGGCAUUCACUCGAUGUAAUCUUGCCUAAAUUCGGAAACGACAAUAAAAAUCUGUGCUUUUCAGUUAUUUGGAAAUGACGUUUUCUUUUCUUUGACUCAAGAGACUCAAAUAAAAAGUAAUUUUAUUGUCUGUUCUGAAUGAGAUAAACUGGCUUAGUAAAGGAUCGUUGAGGGAAGAUGUGAUUGCAUAGGAUUGAAAUCGUCUUCUAAGCACUUGUCCUUGAGCGUUAUUUGAUGCACACGUCAUCAGCAGUCGUUGGCAAUAUUCAUUUUAGCGCCAAAUCGGACAUGAUUAGCCUCGCUUGGUGCCACCAUGGUCACUAGUGCUUUAUGACUCAACUAAGGCGCUAAGGAGCAACUUGUUUUGUUAUCCAAAGAUCUUCAUACUUGGGUUUAUAUAACUGAAUUGUGGUCUCACUCUCACUUUUAUUAUUUUAACACAAAUGAACCUAAUCUCUCUUGUAUGUGAACCAUUCGGAUAACGAUGAUCAUGGCUGAACUAGUAUAUAAUGUUCAACCAUGACGAUGGUGUCCCAGCUCCACAAUAUCAAGUGUGUGUAAUUAUUUAUUAUCCCUAAAUAUACGAUUAAUUUUUA